CAUCACAAGAUAGUUCCCUUCCCGCGUCCCCUGCAGACGCGGCUUCAUUAGUAUUGGAUUUGUUCUGAGCCCUUGGCCUGCCCCGGUGGGUCUGGUUAAAACUCGGGAGCUCUGGAGGCACAAGUGGCUUAUUGCAGCCUCACUCCUCAGCAGGAUCCAAGCCUGCUGGUUUGUUUAUUGUAGGGUUACUUGCAAGCUCUGACCUGCAGAGGCUGAGGAUGGAGGAGGUGUCUCCCAGCAAGUCGCAGGCACAGGCCGACCCUACCAUGGCCUUCCUCAACGUGGCCCGCACUUACGUGCCCAACACCAAGGUCGAGUGCCACUACACCCUGCCCCCCAGCAUGAAGCCGUCGGCCCGCGACUGGAUCGGGAUAUUCAAGGUGGAGGCCUCGUCCGUGCGGGAUUACUACACCUUCGUGUGGUGCGUGGUGCCCGAUGGAGGCGCGGAGGGGGCACCCGUCCAUUCCAGCGUCCAGUUCCAUGCCAGCUACCUGCCCAAGCCGGGGGCCCAGCAGUACCAGUUCCGCUAUGUGGACCGCCGUGGCGAGGUGCGCGGCCAGAGCAGCCCCUUCCAGUUCAACGAGCCCCGGCCCAUGGACGAGCUCAUCACACUGGAGGAGGAUGACGAGGGCAACAUGGACAUGUUGCUGGUGGUGCCCAAGGCCACCCUGCUGCAGAACCAGCUGGAGGAGAGCCAGCAGGAGCACUGCAGGCUGCUGCGAGAGAAGCUGCGGCUGGAGGAGGAGGUGAAGGAGCUGCAGGCCCGGAUUGAGCAGCUGGAGGAGGCUCUGGGCACCAUGCGGGAUGAACACACCAAGCUGGCCGAGCAGUACAAGGAUCUCUCGAGCUCCCAUGCAGCCGUGAUGGAGGAGCGGGAUGCGCUGAGCCAGCAGCAGGCGGGACAGCUGGCCCGCAUCCAGGAGCUGGAGGAGGACAUUCAGGCCCUGAGCGAGAAGGUGCUGCAGAAGGAGGUGGAAUUGGACAGGAUGAAGGACACGGUGAAGUCCCUGGUGCGGGAGCAGGAGCAGAUCCAUCACCAGCUCAAGGAGGAGAAUGCCGAGAAGGAGCAUUACCAGGUCAAGCUGCAGGCCUCGGAGCAGGAGAGUCGGAACCUGGCCUGCGACCUGCUGCUGGCCAAGACCCGGCACGGCGAGAAGGUGUCGCAGGCCCUGGUGCUGCAAGAGGACAUCAGCAAGCUGCAGCAGAAGCUGGCAGCUGCACAGCAGAGGACGGCCCAGCUGGAAGCGCUGUGUGAGCAGCUCCGCUCCACCCAGGACCUCCUUGCCGCCAGCCAGCAGAAAGUGGUGCUGCUGGGGGAGGAGUUGGCCAGCACCUCCUCCAUCCGGGACCGGACCAUCUCGGACCUGCACAAGAGCCGGCUGGAGUCAGCCGAGACCAACAUCAAGCUGGCAGACAUGACCCUGAAAUGGAAGGAGGGGAAAGGCCAGUGGUGGAAGGAGAAGAGCAACUUGCUGCAGAGCAUAGAGGCAGAGAAGGACAAGAUCCUGAAGCUGAGUGCUGAGGUGCUGAAGCUGGAGAAGAACCUGCAGGAGGAGCGAGCCCAGAAGCAGGCGCUGAAAUCUGAACUGUCCCAUGAGAGGGACUCCAGCCUGGUGCAGCUGUCAGAGAGCAAGCGGGAACUCAAGGAGCUGCGCGCAGCCCUGAAGGUGGCUGAGAAGGAGAAGGAGCAGCUCCAGGAGGAGAAACAGGAGCUGCUGGAGUACGCCCGCAAGCUGGAGGAGCGGCUGGAGAAGGUGGCCGACGAGAAGUGGAGCGAGCUGACGGCAGCCGAGGAGCAGGAGACAGCGGCCACGGCGCUGAGUUCCCUGGACUCCCCACUCUCGGACUCGGAGGACGAGUCCCCCGAGGACAUGAGGAUCCACACCCAGCUCAGCUCCUACAGCCUGUGCGACAACCGAGCAGCCACCAAGACCCCGCCGUGCCUGCGGGAACCUAUGCACAGGGUGGUGAUCAGCCAGCCGGCCCCCAUCACCACCCAGAUCAAGCAGGCCACCGAGGACAACAGCUCCGACUCAGAAGCGGAGGACGAGAAGGCUGUGCUGAUGGCGGCCGUGCGGAGCGGAGGGGAAGAGGCCAGUCUGCUGCUGCCCGAGCUGGGCAGCAUCUUCUAUGAGAUGGCCAGUGGCAUCACAGACCGCCAGCCAUCGGACCCGGACCCGGACCCGAUGGGUGCCUCCCCGCUGGACCUGCCCGCGUCCCCCGGCCUGUGGAAGGAGUGCCCCGUCUGCAAGGAGCGCUUCCCCCUGGAGUGCGACAAGGAGGCACUGGAGGAGCACGUCGACAGCCACUUCUUCUUCAGCGCCCACGACCCCUUCGCCUUUGAGUGACCCCCCCCCCGUGGCCCCCGCCUCUCCCCAGACCCUCCUGUCAGGCACUGCCAGGUCAGCUCACCCCCUAGGAGCCACACAAGGGUGCCCUGGGCUCCCCCGAUCCCUGGGGGGCGAUUUACCCCCUCUUCCUGCCCUCCAUGGCAUCUGAGAGCAGGGAGUCAAGGGGGGGGGGAGCUGGGCACAAAUGCCCCCUAGUGGCUGUUCCCAGGCAGGUCUGUAGGCCUGAGGUCUCCAGCCCCCACCCUGCUGCCUUAGGGUGAAAUAAGAUGAGUUGCUCCCACCCCCCAAAUAUGGGGAUCAACCACUGCAGAUGCAGAGCACUCAUCAGUUGGGGGGGGGGGCAGGCAUACACACCCCUUGGCUGCAGGGGCUGUGUGUCAGGGCAAUAGGAAUCCCCGGGGGGGGGUCCUCAACUCCCAUCUGCCUCCUGGUACCUGAGACUGCUGCUUAGAGCUCGGGAAGGCUUGCUGGGGGUGGGGGGUGUUGGAGCUGGGGGCUGCCCUAGGGACACAGUGUCUUCCCCCCUUCCCCCAAUGUUUCCCCUGGGGCUCCAAACGCAGGGUGUUGGGAACUGCUGGGCACUGGAUUUUGGAAGAUACAGGAGGUGGAGGGGCAGUUCAGAGAAGGUGAGGCCAGGUGAGGGUAGGCAGAUUUCCUGUGUCCCUCAGGGCUCUGGGUAGAGGCAGGAGGUCAGUAUGAGGAGAGCAGGGGAGGGGGCUGAGUGGGAUUAGGCUGCCCCAUAGUUCAGGCUAAAAGGGGCCUGGAUUCCCCACCUUGUGGCCUCCCCAAGACCACCACCACCACCCCCCUGGAUCCCAAAGGCAGCUGCCUUUUGCUGCUCCCUGCCUAUGUGCCAGGGGUCCUGGCCCCGCUCCCCUGGGCCCAGUCAACUAGCCUUUGGGCCUCUGGCUGGGCUACUGGUUUCCAUGUGUGGGCUAGGGAAUUUUGCUGCUGUCAUAAGGAUCUGUUCCCCCAUGGGACUCAGUUUCCCUGGCUGCAAGGCAAGGAGACCCAGCCCCCCCACACACACACACCGUCCACUGCUCAGCCCUGCGGGACGCCAGCACAUGCCAAGAGCCAGCCAAUAAUGCUGGGAGCACUCCGCUAACGACCGCUGAUUUGUUAGAAUGUCAACUGUGGAAAUAAUUGGCACAAUGGGCCUUCCAUCGUCCCGUUGGCUGCCACCGCCACCUCCCACGCGGGGUUAAUGGCCCAAGAGGGCCCACAGGAUCCAGAGCCCCAUGCACCGAAACCCUUCCUUCCUGGCGAUCUCAGGUGCGGGGUGGAAGUGGGGAAGG